CUAUAAGAACAAGCGGUGACCAGGCUGUCUGUUUCUGAGCAGGUAACCAUGAACUUGACAGCUCCUCUGCUGCUGCUUGUCAUAGCAGCUUGCGUGGUCAACGGUGCAGUAAUGCCCAAGGCCUUAUGGCAGUUUGGGAAGAUGAUCAGCUGUGCUCAACCAGGAGUUAACCCUAUAAAGUACAACGAUUACGGCUGUUGGUGUGGCUUCGGGGGCACAGGAAGCCCACUGGACGACCUGGACAUGUGCUGCUAUGUUCAUGACAAAUGCUACGAAAGAAGCAGGAAGAUUCCAGAAUGCGAUAGCAUUGCUAAUCUGCCGUAUGUCCUGGUUUAUGAUUACACCUGCUCAGAUAAACAAGUUACCUGCUCAGCCACCAAUAAUAAGUGCCAGGCUGCUGUGUGCGAAUGUGACCGACUGGCAGCUCACUGCUUCGCUCGGGCCAAAUUCAACCCUGACAACAAGAACCUGGAUCCCAAAGUCCACUGUGUCAACUAAGCUGCACAAUCAUUGAAUAAAUAAUGGGGGGAAAAAAGACAACAAAAAAAACACCUGAGAAUCUUUGAUUCACCACAUUUUAUAUCAAGAUGCACAUUUGUUCAUCUUUUGGCAACACCGUAUAAAGUAAAAGAAGCAUUUAGAAAUGGAACGAGAUAGAUAGAUUUAAUUAUUGGUCUCCUGAUAUCUGUUUUCAACUUGGAAAAGAAAGGCAGCUUUGGUUGAAGACAGCAACCUACUGCAUGGAUUUAAUUUGGGCUCACUGAGAAGAAACAAAAGUACAAUGACUGGAACACCUAAAGAACAUAUGAAGGUAAUAUCAGCAUAAUGUGUUGGUCACUUUGGGCUUAAACAAGUAGUGUCCAAAGUGCAUUUUUUUAAUGGCACUCUGCAUA